AUGUACAAAGGCAUUAUUGGUUGGUUCAAAGGCAAGAAUGUUGCAGGGCUUGAGGGAGUGGUUGAUGAAGCCGAACACACAGAUAUCAAGAGAGUAAUUGCGCCGGCGUUCUCAUGGAGAUCGGUUUUGAACUAUGAAUCCCACAUUGACCACAGCGCCGAGGAAUUGAUACACAACCUCGAACAAAGGGAGGUGAUUGACAUCACCGAGUGGCUUUCAUACUGGGCCAUGGACAGUAUGAACAACAUUGCCUUUUCCUCCGACCUUGGGUUCAUGCAGCACGCCGCGGAUGUUGGCUGGACCUUGCGUACGGUUCGCGCGGUGACCUCAAUCUGGAUGUAUAUAUUUGCAUUCCCCACAGUUUUCAUGUGGCUUGCAUGGGCCGUGAGCUACUUCGUAGGCCCCAGCGGAAAAUUGGUCAGCUUGUGCUUGGAUCGCGUGAAUUCUCGGAUGGAAAAGAUAGAGCAAGAGGAGAAGCCGCCGACGAAAAAAAGAGAUCUUCUGGAUGUUUACAUCAAGGCACGAGAACAGCACCCUAACCUUUUUUCCCACGAGCGAGUCAUCGGAAUGACAUUUACAACCCUCCUUACCGGAUCCGACACUACAGCCUUUAAUUUAGCGUGGACGGUAUACUAUUUGCUCAAACAUCCAGCCACCCUCCGCCGUCUGCAGGAAGAGAUUGACCAGGCUGUUGCGGAGGGCACACUGUCCUACCCUCCGACCCUUAAGGACAUAUCGAAACUCCCAUACCUAGAGGCCGUCAUCAAAGAGGGCCUUCGAUAUGGAAUGCUACUCCAGCUGAGCAUGGAUCGGGUUGUCCCAAAGGGAGGCAUGGAAAUAUGUGGUCACCAUAUCCCAGCAGGAAUCACAGUCGGAUGUCAGCAGCGAGUGAUUCACCUAGACAAAAACGUUUAUGGCGACGAUGCUGGGAGCUUCCGCCCUGAACGAUGGCUAGAAGCAAGUGAGGAAAAGCUGAAGGCCAUGGAGCGGUGUGGAAUAUGGUUUGGAAAUGGGAAACACACUUGCAUUGGUCAGCAUUUUGCUCGGGCAAAGACGAUGAAGGUCCUGGUGAUGAUGUUGAUGAAGGUCGAGAUCGCCGAUGAUAGCCAAAGUGCGAAAAUGAUAUCCGGGGCCACCAGUGCGCAGUGCAACGACCAAACAGCACAACAUUGCAACGGCACAACUACAGUAGCCCAGCUUGACAAUCCGGCUGAAGUCCGCGCCUGGAAAUGGUUGACAUACGAACUUACAACAGUAACAGUCAUUGUGGCCAGCAAGAGGAGGACUUCGGAUUGA